AUGCAAGGAAUGCCCUACUAUCAGAGUUAUCUAGGAAAUGGCCCAUUUUAUCGGCUACCUUAUCCACCAGUGGAGGAUUCUCGAUUCAAUGUUGGUUAUGGAGCAGGACAGAAAAAACACACCAUGGAUAGUAAAGACAACAAUGUUGAAUCAGAAGCAUGGGAGAUGGAUGCCACCAAAACAAGGUCACAUGGUGAUUCGGAGUUGGAGAGCGAAGCUUCACAAAGCUGGGGACCACAAAAGAAGGCCGGAAGAUCAGGUAAAAAGAAAUCAGGCAUGGUUGUUAUUCAGAACAUCAAUUACAUCACUUCAAGAAGGAAGAAUUCUUCAGGCAAUGAAUCCCAAUCAGUUUCUGACUCUGAAACUGACAAGGAAGCUGGAGAUUUUCAGGCUCAUGCUGAAGAUGUUGCUUCAUUGGAUAACAGAAAUAAGGAAGUUGUAGUAGAUAUCAAGCAAGGGUCCAAGAAGUCAGACAAGGAUCAGAAGUCAAAAGUCGCUCCAGAUGCUUUAGAUAAGAAGACUAAUGAUAACGAUGACCAUGAAAUCGCCAGAUUUUUGGUCAAUGAUUUUACAAGAAUCCUUAAAGGAUUGUGGGAUAAUAUCAUCACUGAAACCCAACAGAUUGAAAUUUUAAGUGCAUAUAAAAUGGUUACAGAACCCAUUACAAGAAAUGUUCAAACAGAACAAGAUGCAGUUUAUACUCUUAUCAAUACCAUUUUACAUCACUUUGUUGGUGCCUCUACUGAUGCUUUGGAUGAUGAAAUUCAGCUACAAAUCCUUCAAAUGCUUUCUGAAGAUUCCAGCAUAAGCUCAAGUUCAGAUAAUGAACUUGUUGCAUUAUAUUCUUCCAACUCUGACUCAGAAUCUGACUCCUCUCCAGAAAUUUGUUUCUGCAAACAUAAUAUUAAUCAAAUUUCAGAAGAAGCUAACUAUAGGAAAACAAAAGUCGAAAUGAAAGGACUUGAUACUAAUAGCCCUAGUAUCAAUGUCCUUACAAAAAGUGAGCAAAAUAUGUCAAACAUUGCUGACCAGAUAACUAAUCCAGAAAUGAAAUUAAAAUAUCUAGAACUCUAUUAUCAACAACAAAAGAAAGAAGAAAUCGGUCUUCCUUCUAAACAUUACAGUAUGAAAGAAGUUUAUAAAAGAAUUCAGAAUACAACUGAAGAAAAACCAAUAACUAUCCAGGAUCUUAAGAUGGAAGGAAAUGCUUUAAAACCACCUUAUCCACCAGUGGAGGAUUCUCGAUUCAAUGUUGGCUAUGGAGCAGGACAGAAAAAACACACCAUGGAUAGUAAAGACAACAAUGUUGAAUCAGAAGCAUGGGAGAUGGAUGCCACCAAAACAAGGUCACAUGGUGAUUCGGAGUUGGAGAGCGAAGCUUCACAAAGAUGGGGAGCACAAAAGAAGGCCGGAAGAUCAAGUAAAAGGAAAUCAGGCAUGGUUGUUAUUCAGAACAUCAAUUACAUCACUUCAAGAGGGAAGAAUUCUUCAGGCAAUGAAUCCCAAUCAGUUUCUGACUCUGAAACUGACAAGGAAGCUGGAGAUUUUCAGGUCAGUGCUCCAGAUAGGAUGCACAAGAACUCGUUGUCCCCAAAAAGAAAACGAGGUCAUGGAUACAACCCUACUUUGGACUAUGAAAUGCAGGCUCAUGUUGAAGAUGUUGCUUCAUUGGAUAACAGAAAUAAGGAAGUUGUAGUAGAUAUCAAGCAAGGGUACAAGAAGUCAGACAAGGCUCAGAAGUCAAAAGUCGCUCCAGAUGCUAUAGAUAAGAAGACUGUGGGACCAAUAAGAAAAGGGAAAAACUUCAAAAAAGAGUCCUUUGGAUGA